CCAACAGAACCUUCCAUCCAGACUGAUGUCUAUGAAGGACGAACAGAUGAGUCUUAAAUCUGUUCCUGGGAAUAUUUUAGUUAUGGUGAAGGAUGAUCCAGGACGUCCAAGAGCAAGAAACAAGAUAAUCUGAAGUGUUUGAAAGGGUAGUGAAAUAUAAUGUAGGUAAAUAUUGGUUAUGGGCCAUAACAGCAACAAAGAUGAUUGGAUAUUAAUAUCAGGGCAAAUUUUCACAUCAGUGCAUCUCUAGAAUAAACUCACCAGAUCUUAACCUGUCAGUCACAGUAAAACUGGUGCUGAAUGUAUGUUCCAGAGUUGUGUGUGUGUGUGUGUGUGUCAAGUUUUUGGCUAUGCCUGUUUCUAGUCUGUCGCGCCUUUUUCUGAGGUCGCAGCCAGGAGGGGAGGUGGGAUGAUGGGGGUUGUUAGAUGAUGGAACCGCGGACCUUCACCGAUGUUUGCGGACGGUUCUUUAAACGCCCCGCGUCUGGAUCCCGUAGAGUAGACGCUGCUCGCUCGGUGUUUUCCGCCAUUUAUCAUCCCGGAUGGAUGUCAGAGGAGGAGAGAGAGAGUGCAGGAAGGAGGGGGUUUGGCUGUCUGAUAACAUCCGGGAGCAGCGGACGUGUCUCCUGAUGGGAGGCGAUGACGCGCCUGACGCCCUGAUCCUCCUCUGCCUCUCAUCUCAUCCUUCCUCACUCUGGUUCGUAUUGAUCCAGGCUGUGCAGGAACAGACGGAGCCCGCCUUCUCUUCUACCCGCAGAAGGAAUCCCACAGAACCGAACCGGUACUGGACCUCCCCUGGCAGACAGCUGCAGCGAGCCCCAGUUGUGGCCUGUGGGCAUGGUUCUGAAGGGCAGCUCAGAGGCGCUGUGUCCCCCCCCAUCUCUGGAGCUGCGCCCGUCCUGCAACAAGAGCCAGCCCUCCCCUCCUCUGGGCUCCAGCUCACAGCCACACGACGGAGUCAUUUCUGAGGACAAGGAGCCCAUCAAGUACGGCGAGCUCAUCAUCCUGGGCCACAAUGGGUCACUGGCAAACGGUGACAAAGGUCGUAGAAGAAGUCGCCUUGCCCUUUAUAAGAGACCUAAAGCCAACGGAGUCAAACCGGAUGUUAUCCACAAUGUCUCAACACCACUGGUGUCAAAGGCUCUCAGCAACAAAAGCCAGCACAGCAUCUCCUACACACUGUCACGGAGCCACUCUGUCAUUGUGGAGUACACACAUGACAUCAACACAGAUAUGUUUCAAAUCGGCAGAUCUACAGAGAGCAUGAUUGACUUUGUGGUCACGGACACGGCAGGCAGCAGCAGCGGUCAUGGUGGAGGUGCAGCAGGGGAGGGUGGUGGCGGAGGUCAGUCGGCCCAAAGCACCAUCUCUCGCUACGCCUGUCGCAUCAUGUGUGAACGCAGUGCUCCCUACACGGCCCGCAUCUACGCUGCUGGCUUCGACUCCUCCAAAAACAUCUUCCUAGGGGAACGGGCUGCCAAAUGGAGGACCUCAGACGGCCUGAUGGACGGCCUCACCACCAACGGGGUUCUGGUGAUGCACCCGGCCGGAGAGUUUGUGUCUGAACCGGCUCCGGGUGUGUGGAGGGAAAUCUCAGUGUGUGGCAACGUGUUCGCCCUGAGGGAGACCCGCUCAGCCCAGCAGAGGGGGAAACUGGUUGAAAACGAGUCAAACACUCUCCAGGACGGUUCUCUCAUCGACCUGUGUGGGGCCACCCUGCUUUGGCGGACUCCUGCCGGACUGCGCCACAUUCCCACCCUCAAGCAGCUGGAGUCCCUUCGGCAAGAGCUGAACGCCGCUCGGCCCCAGUGCCCCGUUGGCUUCAAUACCCUGGCCUUCCCCAGCCUGGCCCAGCGCGAGAUUGUCGACAAGAAGCAGCCCUGGGUCUAUGUCAACUGUGGCCACGUACACGGAUACCACAACUGGGGCUAUCGCAAGGAGAAAGGGCCCACCAGCCCGGGGGGCACAGCACCAGCCGGCACUGGUGAGAGAGAGUGUCCAAUGUGCAGGAGGGUGGGCCCCUAUGUGCCUUUGUGGUUAGGCUGUGAGGGCGGAUUGUACUUGGAUGCCGGCCCCCCCACACAUGCCUUCUGCCCCUGUGGCCAUGUGUGCUCUGAAAAGACAGUAGUGGGAUGGAGCCAGAUCCCACUGCCCCACGGCACGCAUGCCUUCCACGCUGCCUGUCCUUUCUGUGGUACUUGGCUAACAGGGGAGCAGGGCCACGUCAAACUCAUCUUCCAGGGGCCCGUCGACUGAGGCUCACACACACACACACGCCCACGCACGCACACACACACACAGGAGCCUCUCCCAUGAUGAAGGACUUCAGUGAAUGACUGGUGACUAAGGACUGUGUUCUUGAGCAAAAAUGUGAAUGCGCUGAUGUACAGGAAGAUGACUCCUUCCGUGAUAAAACUAAAAGCAAUAGUAGAUGCCAAGGCUUUGAAUGGAAGAGCUGUCUGGAGAAAAUGUAAAUAAAUAGUGUUGAAUUGAA